AUGGAGGUGGAACACAAGGCUUUCUGGGCUGUGAAGGAGUGCAACAUGAACUUUGAGGAAGCUGGUGCUGAAAGAAAGCUGCAACUAGCAGAACUAGAGAACCUUCGUCUAGAAGCAUAUAACAACUCUAGGCGAUACAAAGAAAAGAUGAAGGCUGUCCAUGACAAGCACAUAAAAAGGAGAGAAUUCAGACUAGGGGAGUUAGUUCUUCUAUAUAACUCUAGACUGAGGCUCAUGCCAGGUAAACUGAGAUCAAGACAGGAAGGUCCAUACAGAGAAAAGGUAGAGCCAUACGGAGUUUUUCACCUGCGUCAUCCUUCCAGCUCCAAAUUCAUCAAGGUCAAUAGACAUCGCCUAAAGCUUUAUCAUGGUGAGAAGAUGAAGGAUCACAAAGAAUUCGAGGUCUACCUCUUAGAAAACCCACCAACAGAUGCAAAAUGA